AUUCGUGGCUUCCGCCAAGACUGGUGUGUAGCCGCUAGUAGCCGCAUGUUCGUCGCGGCUGCUGAAUGUUGCGCAAAUCAACGUGAUCUCACCGCUGUGAUCAUGCUUUCUGUGACCAUAAAAGAACUGGUGAGUAAUUUCAAAGCGAAAAAGUGUUCUCCCGUAGACAUUUGCGCCGCUUGCAUCAAGGAAAUCAACGACUCGGGCUUUCUCAACGCCUUCGUGACUGUGCUGCCCGAGGCCGCCGAGAAACAGGCCAGAGAAAGCCACGCGCGAUGGAAAAGCGGAAAACCUCGAGGCUCUCUAGACGGAGUUCCCGUCGCCGUCAAAGACAACUUCUGCAUGAAAGGUGUGCGAACCACAUGUGGCUCCCGAAUGCUCGCGAACUUCCACCCACCGUACACCGCGACGGUCGUGGAGAGGCUACAGGGCGAAGGUGCCGUGGUCCUGGGAAAAACGAACAUGGACGAAUUCGGCAUGGGCUCCGGUGCCACGGACUCCGCUUUCGGCCCCACCAAGAACCCGUGGAAGAACGCGGGCGAGGCAGCCGACGAUUGGUACAUCACCGGAGGUAGCUCGGGUGGCAGCGCGGUAGCCGUGGCUACCGGGUGUUCUUUCGGGGCGUUGGGCUCGGACACCGGUGGUUCGACGCGCAAUCCUGCGUCUCGGUGCGGUGUUGUUGGACUCAAACCUACGUACGGCGCUCUGUCCAGGCACGGGCUCAUUCCUUUGACCAACUCUAUGGAUGUUCCAGGGAUUCUAGCUAAAUGUGUGGAUGACGCAGCCGUUCUCCUGAGUGCCACGGCUUGCGCCGACCCCAACGAUUCGACGAGUGUGUCAGCGCCGGACAGUGUCCGACAUUUGAAGCUGGCAGGUGAGCCUUCGCUGAAAGGUGUCAAGAUCGGCGUCCCGAAAGAGUACCACUGUCCCGGAAUGUGUCCCGAAGUCUUGGACCUCUGGCGUGAUGUCGCGGACAGACUGGCGGCGUUGGGAGCGGUCGUGUCGUCGGUUUCGCUGCCCCAUUCGCGGUACUCGACAGAAUGCUACUCCGUAUUAAACUGUUGCGAAGUGGCGUCCAACUUUGCCCGUUACGAUGGGCUCGAGUACGGACACCGCGCGAGCGACGACUCCUCGACGGAUGCCCUUUACGCCUCGUCGAGGCACGAGGGACUCAACGAAGUCGUCCGCGGAAGAAUCCUGGCUGGGAACUACUUUCUGCUGCGCGCGAACUACGAGAAAUAUUUUACGAAGGCUCUUCAGGUGCGGCGUUUGAUUAGCGACGACUUUACAAAAGUGUUUGCGUCGGGGGUGGAGCUCCUGCUCACGCCGGUGACGCUCACGGCGGCUCUUAGACAUUCCGAGUGGACUUUGAAGGAUAACCGAGAACGUGCGUCGGUCGAGGACUUCUGCACCCAGCCGGUCAACAUGGCCGGCCUACCGGCGGUCAGCGUGCCUUGCCGUCUGUCCAGGGAGGGCCUUCCACUCAGCCUGCAGCUUGUGGGGCCGAAGUUCAGCGAAGCUGCCAUGCUGGCCGCGGCAAAGAGGCUAGAACUUGAGUUGUCGUUCCCGCGGCUGGACUUGCAGUUGCAUGCCCAUCAAGAAAGCUAUGCCACUCUCUAAGCUAGUUCGUAAUAAAGUAUUAAGUUAGGUUCUUUA